GCUCAUUGAUAUGAGCAUAGUUUCUUUCAUUUGAACAGCAAUGUUUCUAGCAAUUUCCUGUGUCCUACAGUCGUCUCCCAUCCUCGUUCCUCCUGGUUUGCUGCGCUGCUGCUCGCUCCAGUCUCUCUGGCGCUAAACCGCGCCAAAAUUUUCCCUUCCGAAUCCCGACGCUGCAAACCAUCCGCUUGUCUCUCACCCGACAACAGACCCAGUCAUCUUGAUUCCUACGACCGGAAUAUUUUCUCAACAGCAGCAGAUUGUUUUCUGUGAGCCAUGGCCCAUCGUCUAGUCGCCCAGGUCGUCGUCACGGGCGCCCGCGUGUUCGGUCGGGCGUUUGGGGAGGCAUACAAGCAAGCGCAGGCGAAGGGGAAAUAUGCCGCUGCGGCUCAGAAGGGCAACUCCGGGACGGUCAACACGUAUGCGUCGUCCGGGCUGACGCUGGACGAGGCGUGCAAGAUUCUCAACGUCAAGCCGCCUCAGGGAGGAGAAGCCAAUUUGGAGAGCGUCAUGGAGCGGUUCAAGAAGCUGUUUGACAUGAAUGACCCACAGAAGGGCGGCAGUUUCUACCUGCAGAGCAAAAUCCUUCGCGCACGCGAACGAAUUGAGAUGGAGGUCCGCGAGGCCGAGCGGAAGGCGGCCAUGGACAAGGAGCUUCGUGAAGGUUGGAAUCCCAAGGUGUACAAGGAUCGGUGAUGGGCGUGCAAUGUACCGUUAACGCGACCGAAGGCUCUUCUCGCUGACAUGACCCCCUCCGUCACGUCUCGAUCUUCGACUCGACUCUUCCUCGUCACCACGUUCGAUACUCCUUUUCGGCAGCAUAGCAUGGCGUUUCUGGGCUUCUUUUACACUCGGC